UUCAGUCGCAGGCGUGGAGGCGGAACUUCCGGGUGACGGAAAGUUGUCAACAGUUUCGCAGGAGGAGAAUUAAUCUGUAAAUCUGAAAAUCUGAGUUCAUUACUGUCUCUUUAAAGAAGAUCCAGGCAGAAAUGCCGCGGCGUUUCGGCGACUGUAGCCGCGGAUCCGGUGGAGUUCGUGUGAUUUGUACAUUAUCUGAUGCGAACUGAUGGAGAAUAAACAAACUUCUCGGGUGUGGAUGAUCAAUCUCAAAUCAGUCUCCUGGAAUCUAAAGGGGUUUUAAUGUCUGUUUUCAGUUUAACGGAAUAUUCUCUCUCCCCCAAGGGUUCGAGGUUUGGACGCAACAUGUAAACUGAGUCUUUAGUGUGUUAAAGGUCACAAAAUCAUGGGAUUACAGACUGAACUUUGGGUUUAAUUCGCAUUUUUUGGAGUGUGGGGGGCGGGCUCAGGUUCAGUCCAGAUCCCGAUAUCUGCUCUGAACAGGUUUCCCUGACUGUGUUGGUUCUUUGAGAUUGAACUGCUCUGAUUCCUGUCAUCUGCUUGACCUGGUGCGGGUGAAUUUGCUGUUCUGCUCUUAAAGUUGCUGAGAUUCACGUCACCAUUUGGGGUUUUAACAUACAGAUCUCUGCUACAGACGCUAAAGGAACGUUGACGGAAACAGAACUUCUUGUUUUUGGAGUUACCAAACUUGUCCUGCAGCCCUAAAAUGAUGUCCUGACACGUUCAGGCCUUGAGUUGCGGCAAGAAACCAUGUAAAUGCCCUAAUUAUGGUGCUUUUUUCUUAACCACUCUCUUGGAUUGGCGGUUUGAUCUUGAAAAAAUCAAAUCUGUGCAUGCAUGGCAAUAAGGAGUCUCUGAAUUGUGUCCUGAGCUGUGAACGCACAUACUGCACGACUGCCAGAGCAAAACAGCCAACAGAGCCGAGACUUGCGCAACCGCUGGGCAGAGAAACUGCUCUUGUUACUGUACUGGCUGCAGUUACACUCGGAACAGCCACAGGGAGAAAGAGGACAGAGCCAAGUGCAAUGGAAUAAAUUUGUUUAAGUUUUAGUUUUUGACAGAUUUUUACCUGCGAGUUCACCUGAGGACAAAGAAUAUGAUUUAUCUUAUCCAGAUUGACCCGAGAGACUGAGCGGAAGACAACCAGUCUCGCUUUUAAAUGGUUAGGACAUUAGUUUCUUAAAGCUUUUUGCUGUUUGCUUUCUACUGCAAAAUAAUGAAUAAAGAUUUAUUUGGAGUUUGGAGCACCCAGGGAUAAAGUCAUACCGCUCGCACACACUCAGUCCAGAAUGAGUGGCGGAAAGAAACGAAGCGGUUUUCAAAUCACCAGCGUCACGUCGGACUACAAUCAGGGUUCUGGAGAAAACCAUCCGGAGGAGCUAGGAACUCAAAAAGCCACGCCCCCUUCUGCCAGAUCCCCCGCCCAUGGGAGGAGCCCCAGAAGCCAGACUGCAUCGCCCACUCAAAUCCUAUCCAAUGGGUUGUCCCUGCGCAAAAACCCCGCCUUCCAGAUGCAACAGAGCUCCAGUCAGCCGACCACGCCCGUCACGGUUAGGAAGCAGAGCUCGCUGGAUGCCGCCGGGGCGUCCCGGUUUCGCGUCGUGCGUUUGGAUCAAGGACCGGGCGAGCCGUAUAAACGCGGCCGUUGGACGUGUGUGGAUGUGAUGGAGAGGGAAGCCGAGGAGCGGGGUCUCCGCCGUGUGCUUGACAGCAUGAGACACGCCCACUCGUUGGAGUCCUUAGAGACGGUCGGGCUGGGCGGAGCCGAAGGAGCGGUAGGCGGAGCCAGACUCAAACCAUUGGGCGUGCACUUAGGUCACUUGGUACACUCACAGGGCACCACCCACCUACUGACCCAAUGCCGAACAGACUCCGCCCACAGCGGCCCACCCUCACCCACACACGUCCAGUACGACACGCAGCCAAUCAUGUCGCCGAACACGCCCCGGACACGCAACAUACCCGCCCCACUGCGGCUCGACAUGGACGCCGUCGGAAAGCUUCGGACCACCCGCUCACAGCCGGUGUCUCCCAGACCGCACCUGGGUCGGGACAGUCCCUUCCAUCCCGCACUGACGCCCAUCCAGACGCCGUCCGCCCUCGCGCUGGCGCAGUCCAUGUUCGGAAUGGAACGAGCGUUUGAGUUCAUGGGAGACGACGGCGGAACUAACAGCAGCAUGAUCGCCAUCGACAACAAGAUAGAGCAAGCCAUGGACCUGGUGAAGUCGCACCUGAUGCUGGCGGUUCGAGAGGAGGUGGAGGUGCUGAGAGAGCAGAUCAAAGAGCUGUCGGAGAGAAACGCUCAGCUAGAGAGAGAAAACUACAUCCUGCGAGCCCUCAGGGACAGAGACUGAGCCAAUCACAUGACACUCGCACCAGUGCAUCAUGGGAGAUGUAGUUCAGUGUGAAAAGGGACGGAACGGUUGAACGCGUGUGUGUGCAAUAUUGACCAAUUAGUGCCUUAAACCACAGUAACGACUGAUAGCGCUGCUCACAUGCUCUAAUUAAGAGAUCAUUCUUUUAUGAUGAUUUUUAUGACGCUCUAAACAGUGCCUAUUUAUUACUGUCAGUGUGUGUUUGUGUGUGUUAGUUUGAAAGCACUGCUCACAACUAAGUUAAUAAGUCUCCUUAUGUUGGCAUGGUUAAAACCAGCACUGGUUGAGAUUUAGUUGAGUUAACUCACCCUCCCUCUCUCUUAGAUGAAUAAUGAUUGAUCUGUAAUGCAUUACACAUCAAUGACUGCUCUAAUAAAUAACUCUCACUA